AGAAUAUUAUGAAUCUGUCUUUUUUUAUUUUUUCUCUAUAUAAGGACCUCCAAUGCUACUCUAAAACCUCUAUCUUCUUUCGUUUGGCUUAUUCACUCAAGUCCUAGAAUUGCUUGAUUUCUUUCUUUGUGUUAAUCGCCUCUUCCAAUCUUAUAUUUCCCUCUUCUUUUCCUGGUUUUGAGUUUGUUUCUUUACAAUUGAAGUCAAGAAAGAUCGAAAACAUGCCGGCUGUAGGAGGAAUUGGCCCGGGUAGCGGCAAGGAGUACCCGGGAAACCUUACCCCAUUCGUCACUAUAACAUGUAUUGUUGCAGCAAUGGGGGGUUUGAUUUUUGGUUAUGAUAUUGGGAUUUCUGGUGGAGUGACAACCAUGACUCCUUUUCUUCAAAAGUUCUUCCGAAAAGUUUGGGAGAAGAAGGAAGCUGAUAAGUCGACAAAUCAGUAUUGCCAAUAUGAUAACGAAACCCUGACUAUGUUCACAUCGUCACUCUAUUUGGCUGCUCUUUUGGCUUCCCUGGUAGCUUCCACUGUCACCCGUAAGUUUGGAAGGAAAUUGUCCAUGCUUUUUGGUGGUCUGCUUUUCUUCGCCGGAGCUCUUAUAAAUGGCUUUGCUAAAGCGGUUUGGAUGUUGAUUGUUGGUAGAAUGUUACUUGGUUUCGGUGUCGGAUUUGCCAAUCAGUCUGUGCCACUGUACCUCUCUGAAAUGGCCCCCUACAGAUACAGAGGAGCAUUGAACAUUGGGUUUCAAUUAUCAAUUACAGUUGGAAUCCUUAUUGCCAACGUGCUGAAUUAUUUCUUUGCUAAGAUCAAAGGCGGCUGGGGAUGGCGCCUGAGUUUGGGUGGUGCAAUGGUCCCUGCCCUUAUCAUCACAGUUGGAUCUCUAAUCCUCCCAGAUACACCGAACUCCAUGAUUGAACGUGGUCAAACUGAGGAAGCCAAAGCGAAACUUAAGAGAAUUCGUGGGGUUGAUGAUGUUGAUGAGGAAUUAAGAGACCUUAUCGCUGCCAGUGAAGCAUCAAAGCUAGUUGAGCACCCUUGGAGUAACUUGUUGCACAGGAAGUACAGGCCUCAUUUAACCAUGGCCAUCUUUAUUCCCUUCUUUCAACAAUUAACUGGCAUUAAUGUGAUCAUGUUUUAUGCUCCUGUAUUGUUUAACACAAUUGGUUUCGGAGCCGAUGCUUCCCUCAUGUCCGCUGUGAUCACUGGUGUUGUUAAUGUUGCUGCAACAUUGGUUUCCAUCUAUGGUGUUGAUAAGUGGGGAAGGAGAUUCCUUUUCCUAGAGGGUGGAGUUCAAAUGUUGAUCUGCCAGGCUGUUGUAGCAGCUUGCAUUGGUGCUAAGUUUGGAAUUAACGGAAACCCUGGUGAAUUGCCCAAAUGGUAUGCCAUUGUUGUGGUGCUUUUCAUCUGCAUUUACGUGGCAGGAUUCGCCUGGUCUUGGGGACCCCUUGGAUGGCUGGUGCCUAGUGAAAUUUUCCCAUUGGAAAUCCGAUCAGCUGCACAAAGUAUCAAUGUGUCUGUCAACAUGAUCUUCACAUUCGCAGUGGCUCAAGUGUUCUUAACCAUGCUCUGUCACUUGAAAUUUGGGCUCUUCCUUUUCUUCGCCUUCUUUGUGGUGCUAAUGUCCAUCUUUAUCUAUUAUUUCUUGCCCGAGACAAAGGGUAUUCCAAUUGAAGAGAUGAACCAAGUAUGGAAGUCACACUGGUACUGGUCCCGAUUCGUCCAAGACCUUGAUUAUCCCAAUGGAGGUAUGGAAAUGAGCAAGGGAGGCCAGGGUCCAAAGAAUGUGUAACUCAACCCUGGAUUAAUUAUAUUACUUUUUCCUUGUUUUUCAAAUUUAGCUCUUGUAGUAGUACAUAUUAUUGGUUUUCAAGGUCAUAUAAUUUGUUCCUGAUUAAAAAACGUCAGUGUACAAGUCUGUUGUGCUUUGUUUCAACCAGAAGUUUCAAUAUAUAAACAGGAUUAAUGUCCAUGAACCGUUUACUGAUGACAAUUCCACAGCACGAAUGAUUUGGUUGGAGUACAAGUUUCUCAAGAAUCUCUUGUUUCUCCAUGUUAUAUAAUUAUUGUUGCUUUUCUACUGCUCCUAUUUUAAUUUUGAAUGACAAACUCCCAAUGAUUAAGUGUCUUGACUCAU